GGAUCCCGAGUUAGUUUUUAGUUUCCUUCGGCGCCAAUUAGUGGGAAUUCGUCUCAUCCAUCCCGUGCAUUGGUCGCUAACUGUGCGUCCCCAUGAUCCUUUUCCCCUCCUUCAGCAAGAUCAUUCGGGGUGGGGAAGUCGAUUCGACAAGGAAGCUAAACAUUAGCUUCUGCAUCUACAAUCCUCGAGUCACACUGUCACGCCGACAACAAAUCCGUGAUAACCCUCGAAGAUGCGCAAAGGCCCCAAUUGACUCACGUGUUGUUGAUAUCUACUUCAAGUUUCGAGCCACUGCCAUCCGCACUUCAUCAGAGCUUUUAGAUCUUUUAUUUGUGGCUUUUUUUUUGCCUGUAUGUACCUCUCUCUUGUCGCCUUUUCGGUAUUAAAGACAACCCGUGGCUGGGGAUCAUUACCCUGGCAAGGCUGGAAAGGCGUCACAACGCUUCUGGUCACAUUCCUGCAGCUGAACGCUAACAAUUAGCGUUCAUUUACCAACGGUCCGCCAAUCACACAAAGGAAAUGUGAGGUCAAUCUGCAGAGGCCCUGGUAAAAGAAAACUGUGAUAUCGAUGUGCAUCAUGACAUGCCACAACAGCGCUCGAGUCACUUUUCGGUGGCUAUUUCGAAGGUUCACACAUUCGCCGAAUUUUGUAUACCUUAAAAAAAAAAAUUAAAAAGAAUUCUACAAUUUCC